AUGGAGAACAUUUCCACCAGAAGGUGCACGAAUAAAGCCACCUUCAUCAUAAAGGAUCUCCGUCACCAACGAAUGGACUCCUCAGCCCUCUUUCCUCUGGCGGGAGGAUGUGCGGUAACAAGACUGGAAACCCCGGGUAUUAAAAACAUGCUCUUCACUGGUGCUGAUGAAAUGAGACCAUAA